UCCCCCAAUACCAACAAAAGCUUACCACCAAAAACAGCAUCUUUAAACACCACCUUGUGAUUAUCCAAGUAUUGCGAACAUCUUCAAAAGAUUCCCAAAAAAAAACCCAUUAAAUAUAUCCCCUCGUUUAUGUGUAUAUGUAUAUAUAUAGCCUUUCUCCAAUAUGCUUGACAUGCACAUUUUGUUGUUAUAUGCUUAAACCUUCCUCCUCCAUUCAUACAAAUUUCAUUAAUGGAAGCUAAGGUAGUUUUACAAAGCAGGACCCCGACGGGGACGUCAUCGCGGGGAGUAAAUAAACAGCGAUGCUCUCCGGUUCGGGCGGUGCUAGCGAGGCCGGCUGAAAGCGUAGUCGGAAGUGGAACGAAGGAGAGGUUGAGGUUGAAGUUAAAGCCUGCAGAUAGCAAACGUGAGGUAGCACAGGACAGCAGUAGUGUCCAUAAUGAUAACUGGUUUGAUCUAUGGGCUAUUAAUUAUCUAUCCCAGAGUUUACAAGCUGCAACAGGGGUAAAGAGCAUGUUGAGUGGGUAUGAGAGCUUGGUAGAGACAACAGCAAUGAUGUCCAAGAAAUUUAAUACAAAAACGCAACAGGAGCUUGUCAUUCAAGUUCUUGACACCGCCAUCCCCAAGCUCAUUCUAAACAUGAUAAAAACGUUGUUACCCCAAUGUCAAUUCACAAGGGAAUAUUUCGCCGCCUUCACCACUGUGUUUUUUGCUUGGCUCAUUGGACCUUCUGAGGUUCGGGAAUCGGAGCUCAACGGAAGAAGAGAAAAGAAUGUAGUGUAUGUGAAAAAGUGCAGGUUCCUAGAGCAAAGCAACUGUGUAGGAAUGUGCAUCAACCUAUGCAAGAUGCCAUCUCAAGCCUUUAUUAAGGAUUCCCUAGGAAUGCCACUCAACAUGGUUCCAAAUUUUGAUGAUAUGAGCUGCGAAAUGAUUUUCGGUCAGGAUCCUCCAACACCAAAUGAUGAUCCGGUGCUCAAGCAGCCUUGCUACAAAUUAUGUAGGGCAAACCAACAGCACACAGUGAAGAGCUCAGGCUAAUGCAGAGAGGUACAGAGGGAUGCUUUCAUUAGGGUUUUCAUUGAUGAUAACAGAUAACCUGAAAAUCUUCACUAUUGUUCAAUACAAAGAUAUGUAAAAUACUGAAAAGUUUUCUUGUUGGAAUUCAGAAACAUUCCAUCCUACACUAUAAUUUCUUCAGUGCAACCAGUAAAAGCCUUUUCUUUUCAAGAAA